AUGGCUUUGCCAACAAUGUCUAGCAUCUUGGACCUGAGCCUCAACACACAGAGCACCAGAUCCCCAGAGGAAAGCCAUGAGGCUUGGGAACAAUGCAAAGAUGCUGGCAGGAAGCUUCCUGAAUACAAGGUAGUGGUGUUGGGUGCAAGUGGUGUUGGUAAAAGUGCUCUCACUAUCCAGAUGACCCACCACUGCUUUGUGAAAGAACAUGACCCCACUGUCCAGGAUUCCUACUGGAAGGAGGUGGCCCUGGACAAUGGUGGCUAUAUUCUGAAGCAGCGGUUGCCUCUGGUACUUGUGGGCAACAAGUGUGACCUAGUGACUUCUGGAGAUGCUGACACUGCUACAGCAAUCCUAGCUCGUAAGUGGAGAGUCCCCUUUGUGAAGACCUCAGCUAAGACACGGCAAGGGGUAGAGGAAGCCUUUGCUCUCAUUGUCCAUGAGAUUCAGAGGGCCCAGGAGGCUGUGACUGAGACAAACAGGAAUAAGACACACCAACACAAAGCUGUGUGUAGCUGUGGCUGCUCUGUAGCCUGA